UUUGUGGCUGCCGCUGUGUGUAACAUUUAAAAUAUGCACAGUAACUAAAAGUAUUUUUCACACAAAUUGAGUUUGAGCCCAGUCCCCGGGCCACGCCCCCACCCGAAAACGGCCAGCCAUCCGCCUCCCCUGAACGAUGGCAUUGGGGAAAGUCGCCUGCGCCGUCGCUGCUGCUUUGGAAUUGCCAAUUUUGCUGCCAGUCAACGGACGCAGCAGCCUUGAUGCUGCUGCUGCUGCUGUUUGCUGCUACUGCCACUGGCGACAUGGAAAAUUUGCUGCCAUCGCCAGGCGUCACUCAGUCAGGCUGUAAAACAGGCAUCAAGGCAACAAAAACAGCAGCGGCGGCAGCACAAAGAGCCAGCCAUCCAUACACCGAGGUGGUGGCAUAAUUUAAUAGAGUUGGUAAUAUCAAUAAAUUUUAAAAGCCUUUUAAUGCGCAUCGAUAAAAAUAAAGCAGACGCAUCUUCGGCGGCAUAAUUAUCCAGAAAUGAGCGGCUCAAACCGGAGUUGUCGUUCGCUUUUUGGUACCCAUAAAUUAUCCGAAACCAUCUGAUGGCGGCACUGCAAGUCCAAAUUCAAUUAUGCAAAUCGCAUGUGAGAAAUUCAAUUGAAAUACGAUAAUUUCACAGGGACUGAGCAGAAGGCUCAGUGGCCAGUGGAGUGGCACUGUGCUUUAAGUUACUGAAUGCUUUACAAGUGUAUUGUGUCGCUGCGAAAUCAGCUCAACAGCUGAACACAGCUCGAAAACUUUGCGGCUCAGCCUCCCCAUGGAAAUUUGCGCACAAAAGCCAAGAAAGCGAAGAAAAAUGCUAUAAUAAGUGGCAGAGUGGAGCGAUAAAAAGUGUGGAAAACUGUCGUUCAUAUGCAACCGUUACAAUGCAACAAUACAGCCAGCCCAACCACCAGCCAGCACCACCCAUCGCCACCGCCAUCACCACCGCAACCACCAAAGACAAUGCGCAGUAUCCCCCGGUUUACUGGUGUAAAGGGGGGCGGGUCGGUCUGAAAUGCAACCGACGAAAAUUCAUGGCAUUAGGGGAAUGCCAAACGAGCUGGGCAACAUGGCAACGGAAUCAACUUAAAGGAGUCGGGGUAUUUAGAGAGAUUAUGGCACAGAAAUGGGUCGACAUAAUGAUAUCCAGUAGAUUGGAUACAAACUAUUCUGCAGUGGGAGCAGCACAGGAGCGUUGAUAGAUAGUUCUAUAGUAUAGAACGUACCUUUUAUAUAUAUUUUAUUCCUUAUUUAUUAUUAUAAUCUAGACUAGCCAAAUCCCUGCAGAUACAGACAGCACUUGUGGCUCUAGAAGCUGCAGCUUUCGGCUAAGAAUACCAGAAUAGAUCUGUACUAAGCUGGCAUUCUCAUCCAAUAUACCCAACGCUUUUCACCAGCCAACUUGAACCGAUUCCCAUUAGACUGGGAUAUGUAUAUAUGUGUAGGUAUGUGCAUAUUAUACACAGAUAUAUGUACGUGUGGCUCUGUGCUGCCUGCCUUAGUUGUUGACGAUUUGGUAACUGCAGCAGUUAGCUGUUCCUUAUCCUCUGGCUGUUGCACUGGCUCACUUGCAACUGCGGCUGGCAAGUGCCUUUGGCUUAUAAAAUAUUUAAACGUUUUUGCGGCUUUGGCCGCAACAUAUUUGCACUUUGGGGCCACGGUCUGCUCUCCGACUAUUUGUCCUUAUCCUUUCUUUUUUUCCCCCACGGCCAGAAGAACUGAAGUCGAGUUUGGGGCUCAAGUUGCGCCCGAAUGCAUGCUAUUAAUAUUGUGCGACAGCUGGCGAACUGCUUAAAUAUUUACUCAAUACGCAGGACAGGAACUUAAAAAAGCCACGGCUUGUCAGUUAACCCCCGGGAACUGUGCGAUAUGCUAAUACGGUUAUGGUUACUGGUUACUGGUUACUGGUUACUGGCUACUGGCUACUGCCACUGCUCCUCAUCCUGCUCCUCAGCCAGCUGCUAUGGAUGCUCUGGCUGCUUCUAUUCUUUGCGGUUGGCCUGGAGAGGAAAUUUCAUUAUGCCAAUUACUUGCAUCAAAGCUGCUUGGAUAAUUGACUUUGCUUAGCCUUCACUUCACUCCACUCCGCUGGGUUUGCAUAAGACGCCUUUUGCACAUUAGCUGCCCCCAGUGUGUGUGUGCGAGUGUGUGUGUUUGGAGAUCCUUUCCACUCUCUUGCUGCAUAAAAUAAUUAAACUUAAUUGACAGUUUUUCGACAUCACCUUUGCCGCUUUGGUGUGACAAGUCAGGACACUUUUCCACUACCAACUCACUGUCUUGGCCUCCUCAUCCUCCUCCUAACGAGCUUAACUUUUAGCAGCAAGUGCCUGCUUAGUUUUUACGGCCGAGAGUAAGUAGCCAGUUAGUUAGCUGCUUUUAGUUAAGUUUAAUUCUCGCAGGCGGAAUAAAAUACAUUUUAAGCAGCUGAAGCAGAAGGAAAAAUACAAAAAAACUAGAGAGGCCGCCAUGAAGUUCUAUCCGAAUGCAGAUGUCUGGUUCUAUGUGGACAAGCCCAGCUGCUUGAACAGCUACCAAAAGUAUCCACCCACGCACAGCUGGAAGAUUCACGAUAAGACUACCUCGCGGGAAAUGUACUAUUGGCGCGACAUCGAGGGCGUGAAGAAGACGGAGAUCAAGCUGAAGGAUCUGUACUUCACCAAGUGGCCCAAAACCCGCAUCCGUCCGCAGGCCUGCUUGGGAUUGCUCUAUGCCACGGGCAACAGAUUCAUCCGACUGACCAAGGCACCACCAGCGGGCUUUAAGUGCGCUCCACUGCCCGUCAAUCUGGCCACCGCUCGAAUCGUCAAAGUGGAGCUGCGCAAGAAGGCGAAGCGCGAAAAACAGGCAGCUAAAAAGGCUAAAAUGGAAGCGAAGAAGGCCAAGAAGGCGGCCAAAAAGGGCAAAGGAAAGGGCGGCAGGGACGAUCUUAAGCCAAAGGUCAUUAGGACAUACGAAGACGCCGAGAAAGCAUAAUGAUUACACAUUAUAUUCAAAUCCCGGUGUAUUAAAGUGAAUUUCGAUCAUUUUUAAACGUUUGUAAGGCGCAUAAA